ACAAGUCCUUUAUCGGUCGCUUCCUGUUGUAAGCCUUUGACCAACAAUCCAAUCAGUAAGUGUACCCUGAUUUUUCAAGGUCUCUUUCAGUCCGUUCACAUUUUCCUGUUGGACAUGUGGUGCUUCAUUUUUCUUAGUGCGAUUAUAAUCGCGCCUGCUCUCUCCGAAGAGAAUUGCGAUGUCUCCCGGUACGUUGCAUGCAUGGAACCUAUUCACAAUGCAACUUUUGGGCAUCCGAAUGGUCUUUUCCAGGAUUCUAACGAUUUGGCAACUAGUUGUCCGAUCAUAAAAAAUGGAAUCAAGUGCAUUCAAGAUUAUGCGAGCCAAUGUGGAACAGACAUGAUAGCGGAAAAUUUCCACGAACAGUUUGAAAGACCUGCGGAAUUUCUGACUAAAAUUUGUGAUUCAUCCUCUCCAAUUAGAAAUGAUUACUUAAAGGCGUCGCCAUGCUUGCAUGAAAAGAGUGAUGAUCUGGAAGUUUGUUCAACCAAAGUGCAAGAAUUUCUUGCCAUUUUAGAUGAACCAGACACAAACGAAAAAGAGCUGACAUUAACCUGCAUGUAUGAAAUGAUGCUACGGGCUUGCCUCAUGAGCACUUCGGCAGAGAAAUGUGGACUGGAGACAGCCGUCUUCAUUCGGAAAGCGCUGCUCUACUCACCAUCCCUCGGAAUGCAAACAUGCUCCAAGGAGGUACAAUCACAUAUGUUGAUUACGGAAAUGGUUACAGUAGCACCUCGUGAAAAGUCAACUCAGGAGAAACUUGAUGAUGUCAUCAAUAACUGUCCGAUGACCAAUCCAGUCCCGUGCUUGGAUAAGAUAUUUAAGCUAAACAAACAGCUUAUGAGUGAGAUAUCCCGGAGACAAACUGGAACGGAUUAGAAUUAUCUCUCUGUACGGAAUUUGUGCUCAAUGUUUUGGAAUUUUUAAAUAUGUGUCACGUUUAAAUUCAAAUUGUUACUUUUCUGCUAUCCUGAUAACAGUGUUCUCAAAACAUAAACACUGGAAGAAAAUGUUUUCCAAGUAGCAUAACAGAGCAGUCUUAGACAGGGAAGGUGAUUUUGAGAAUAGAUUUGCUAUAUUUGGUGGUUUUGCUAUUCGUGUUUAAUGUUAUUGAAAAUUCUGUCUGUUAUUGGAAAAAAUAAUUGCAAAUCGUUUAAAUAUUUUAACUCAAAUUAUUAUUGAUUUGAUUAUUUAGAUAUUGUAAAUAAACAGAAUUAUUUA